AUGCCCUCUGUUGAGCUGUCCACGUCGCAGAUAAGACGAGUGCUAAAAAACGAUUUGGAACGGCCAGUGUCAAUCACCACGCCGUUUGGUAACAUGUUGUUAGAGAUUCAAGGCGAUCUUGAUUUUCCAGCUGAAAGCCCACGCUACGAUCCCCAGAGAAUCUUUUCAAAAUAUCAAGACGACCAGAUAGUUCGGUUCGGUAGAUUAAUUAUCGAAGCAGAUUAUAAGAAAGCAACCUUGUACAUUGGCGAGAAACAAAGGCUGUUAGGAUCAAUUAUGAAGCUCGAAACUCCAUUGGGACUAUUGAAAUUUAACCAAGACUCCACCACGGUCGAGUUGGAGGAUAUUAUUCAAUUUAAAAUAAUAUUUAAGGAUAGACCAUUGCCCAUAAUGUGA